CUCAUUCCUGAUGCGAUCCCUCCCAGUAAACUCUCUCCCAGCUGCGUGUUUCAGCUGGAAGUCGGAUGGGAGUGCCGUAUCCUCCUGCUCGCCUCGCUCUUUAUCUGCAGCUCUCACUGACUUCCUGCCUCGGUUCUUGGACGGUGCCGCUGACCGUCUCUCUCUCUCUGAGCUCGGAUCAAACCCGCAGGAUGGACUCAGUCAGAACCUCGGAGUAAAAGUUUGGUUUUCCUGCUUGGAGUGAAGAAGCGGUUGACUCAGCUCGUCUCGUGAGCAUCUCUGACUAACGGGGAAUAAAACUGCAGCAGACUUCCUCUGCUCCUCUUUUAGACCAGACUUCCUGUCCUCUGUGGUUCUCAGGGAUUCUCCUCUGGUUCUGCAGGUCCACACGGGUCAGAUGUUGUGCUCCACAGAGGGAGAGGAAGCAGAGAGGUUCUGAAUGAAUUAAGUGGAGACUGAAUUAAGUCGGUCCUGCGGGGGAUUAGUCCCACCCCUGGAACGCUCUGUGUGCUGCUGGACCUGCUUGCUGCAUGCACCUGUGCAGAUGAGGUGCUGCCGUCUGGCCCGGCUGUAGGUCCGUGAUGGCCACAGACCUUCCCUCAGGCGGCGGAGAUGAAGCCCGAUCCAGACUCCAUGUUGGUCAUCAUGGCCUCGCUGGAUGGAAGCACAGCGGUUGACACGUUUCUGGCCGCCAUCCAUCUGGAGAGGUACCUGGACACCUUCCGCCGAGCCGGCCUCCUAUUGGCCAGCGACUUCACCCACCUGGACCAUGACGCCCUGGUCAGUCUGGGGGUAACCGCCACGGGACAUAGGAAGAGAAUCCUGCGAUUGGUCAACCACAUCCUCAAGAGAGAGGGUCAAAGAGCCAAUCAGAGAGCAGAUCUCCCAUGUGACCUGUCAGUGGGAGGAAGCAGCGCUGCAUCGCUCCACCAGUCUGCCGCACCGGGACACACGUCCAACCCCGACAGCAGGCUGAUGAACUCAGACGGAGACAGACCAGCUAUGAAACCAGUUCCUAAACCCAGAACCGUCUUCAACCGCCGCAGGACGGCACCCGUUCAGUUCCACCCCCCACCGGAGACUGCAGGCCCAGCGCCCCGGAGGCUGUCCCAGGAGUCCAUAUGCUUCACCGUGCUGGAGGGCCUGACCACAGAUCACACCUCAGACGACACGCCCACACCUGCAGGGAGUUCCAGCACAGAAGCCCCGCCUGCAGACAGCCGCAGACCCAGCCAGGUCGGCAGAACCAGACCCAGCCAGGUCGGCAGAACCAGGCCCGGCCGCAGCCUUUCUCUGUCCGACGCCGUUGGCUCGGUACCUCCUGUUCCCCCCAGGCUGAACCGCAGCACUGCUGCAUCUGUGUCGCCCCCCUCCUCUGCAGAGAGGCGACCGCCAGCCUCUCUGCUGGGUCGACCCGGGAGUCUGGACAGUACCAGACUCUCUGGGUCCUCAGGUUCUCCCAGAGGGGGGAGCAUGGAGAUGGUCUCUAACGAGAUCUACUGGGGCACGUCUCCCAGCUCUCCCACCAUCAGUGGCGUAAAGAAUUACUGCAGCCAACAGGAAACUCCUCCGACUCCGCCCAGAAACCCGGAUCGGAACCAGAACAGGAGCAUGGACAGGAACAGCGGCAGCACUCUGAGCAACAACUCUUCAGGAUCAGCCAGAGCCUCCACAGACGACCCUGAGGAGGAGAUCAGUCCUUACUGUGAGGCUGUUUUCCAGACCAGAAGACCCACAACAGCCUCUGAGAGUGACCGGAGCCGUUCAGAUGACAGAGAAACCAGGAUGGACAAGGGGAAACCAACUGAGGAUCAUGGGUUUCCUAGAUUUUCCUGGACGAAGCGCCUGUCGCAGGCGUUUCAUGCUGGAGACUCUCAGGGCUACAGCACCGUUGGCGAAGCUCCGCCUCCUUUCCGCUCCUCCUCACUGCCCCCCCACACGUUCCUCCCCGAGACAGACGACGACAUGACCAUCUCCCCCUACGCCAGCUACGCCUCCCUAACUGAGAGAGCCCCACCCAUCAUCAGCGGCUGGCUGGACAAGCUGUCGCCACAGGGGGGUCGGGGGUCAGCGGUGGCUGUUCUACUGCGUCUCCUCCUCUUUGCUCCUCCCUGUGUCUCCUCCUGCCUGUGGAGCUGCCUCUGCUUCGUCCUCUCCUCCUCCUCCUCCUCCUCUUCUUCCUCCUCCACUCGGAAUUACGUUUUCCAGAAGCGCUUUGUGAAGUUCGAUGGGAAAAACCUGAUGUACUUCGGCAGUGAGAAGGACGUCUACCCUAAAGGAGUGAUUCCAUUGGCUGCCAUCCAGAUGGCUCGGCCAGCCAAAGACAACAAGUUCGAGAUCGUGACCAGCCACAGGAUUUUCGUGUUUCGGACGGAUAACGAAGUGCUGAGGCGCCGCUGGGUGGCCACUCUGCAGGAACACGUCAGAGAUCAUCGGGUGUUCGGCCGGCGCCGCUUCGGACCCGGAUCCCACUGCCAGAAACACGGCGUCCUGGAGCUCAAAGGAACCAAGUCCAAGGUGUACGCCGCCAUCAACACGGACCAGAUCUGGCUCUACAAGAGCGAGCAGUGCUUCCGCAACGGGAUCGGCAUCACCGUCAUCGAAGCGCGCGGCGCCACCAUCCGGGAUGGAAAACACCGGAGCUUCGAGCUCAUCACCCCCUACAAAACCUUCAGCUUUACGGCCGAGUCGGGCCGGGAGAAGAGGGACUGGAUGGAGGCUCUGCAGGAGGCGAUCGCAGAGACGCUGUCGGAUUACGAGGUGGCAGAGAAGAUCUGGUCUAACCGGUCCAAUCGGACCUGCGCUGACUGCAAGGCGCUGAACCCGGACUGGGCCUCCAUCAACCUGUGUGUGGUCAUCUGUAAGAACUGUGCAGGGCAGCACCGAGGUCUGGGGACGAUGGUGUCCAAAGUCCAGAGCCUGAAGCUGGACACCAGCGUGUGGAGCAACGAGAUCGUUCAGCUGUUCAUCAUGCUGGGGAACGACCGGGCCAACGACUUCUGGGCGGCCCGCCUCUCUGUGUCCGAGGAGCUGGACAGUGAUGCUCCGCCGGAGCAGAGGAGGGACUUCAUCACCCAGAAGUACAGAGAGGGUCGGUUCCGUCUGGCCCACCCGGCGUUCAGCAGCCAGGAAGAGCUGCUCAAGGUCCUCUGCUCCGCCGUCUCUGAACAGACUCUCCUGAAAACCGUCACUCAGAUUUUCUCAGAGGCGGCUCGGCUCGCCGGCGACUCAGACGGCCGUCAGCAGCGGCAGCAGCUGCUGGAGCACGUGAGCCCAACAGAUCCCAGCGUGUACGAUGAGAUCAUGCAGCCCGUUCUUCACUCUGGGUUCCUCUACAAGGCCUCCUCGCUCAGCAGGGGAACACUGUCCAGGAAAACCCGGGAAGACUUCCAGAAGUUCUGGUGCUCGGUGGACCAGGCUCUGGUUCUCUACGAGUCGGAUCACUCGGCUGAUCCGUGUCUGCAGAUCAGCGUUAAGGACAUCGUGUGUCUGGGAGUCAGUCGACCCGAUUCGUCCAGCAACAACAACGGCUUCAUCGACAGGUUCCGCUACACCUUCGAGCUGUAUGUGGCGUCAGAGAAGCUGCUCCUGUUCGGCUUGGAGACGGCCGACGCGCUGCACAGCUGGACCAAAGCCAUCGGACAGGCGGCCACGCCCCUCAGCUGUCACUGUCUGCUGACCCGGGAGUUUGAGCGGGUCGGGCUCCUGCGGUACCGGGCCAUGUUGGACCCUCAGCAGUGGAGAGAAGCCUACUUCGUCCUGCAGAAGUCCAACCUCUUCGUCUGUCCCCGCAACGACGGCGCGGCGGAGGACAUCAUCAACCUGAACCGGCUGCAAGAACUGAGUAUCACCUCAGAGCACGAGAACCACGAGAAGAAGGACAUCCUGGUUCUGGUGGAGAAGGGCAGGACGGUCCACCUGCAGGGCGUGGGGCGGACGGACUUCUCGCUGUGGUACGCGGACAUCCAGCGGGCGGCGGGGGGGAAGGGCAACGCUCUGCGGGAGCAGCAGAUGAGCCGCAGCGACAUCCCCAUCAUCGUGGACAGCUGCAUCGCCUUCAUCACGCAGUACGGUCUGGGCCACGAGGGGAUCUACAGGAAGAACGGCGCCAAGUCCAGGAUCCGACUGCUGAUGGACGAGUUCCGCAAAGACGCUCGGAACGUGAAACUGCGGAUCGGGGACCAUUUCAUCGAGGACGUGACCGACGUUCUAAAGAGGUUCUUCAGAGAGAUCGACGACCCGAUCUUCAUGGCCGAGCUGCACCCGCUGUGGCAGGAGGCGGCCAAAAUCCCUCUGAAGCGUUCCCGGUUGGACCGCUACAAGGAGAUCAUCCGCAGCCUUCCUCGGGUGAACCGGACCACUCUGGCCGCCCUCAUCAGCCACCUGUACAGGGUCCAGAAGUGUGCGGACCUGAACCAGAUGUGCACCAAGAACCUGUCGCUGCUGUUCGCUCCCAGCCUGUUCCAGACGGACGGGAAGGGCGAGCACGAGGUGAAGAUCGUGGAGGACCUGAUCGAUAACUACCUGUACGUCUUUGAGAUCGACGAGGACCAUCAGACUCAGAUCGAGCUGGAGAUCAGCCUCAUCACCACCUGGAAGGACACGCAGCUCUCUCAGGCCGGGGACCUCAUCAUCGAAGUCUACCUGGAGAUGAAGAUCCCCGACUGCUGCAUCACUCUGAAGGUGUCCCCCACCAUGUGUGCCGAGGAGCUGACCAACCAGGUUCUGUACAUGAGGAACGUCCCGGCUGGAGAAAAGGACGUCUGGAUGACGUUUGAGGCCAUAGAGGACGGCCAGCUGGAACGUCCGUUGCAUCCCAAAGAGAAGGUUCUGGAGCAGGCGCUGCAGUGGUGCAAGAUGGCCGACCCGAGCUCCGCCUACCUGGUGGUGAAGAGGGUUCCUAAAGGAGAGGGCAUCAACAUCCUCACCUCUUAUAAGUCUGAGAUCAUGAAGAUCGGUUUGCUGCGGUGCAGAGAGGAACCUCCGAAGCUCCUUCAGGGAAACCGCUUCCAGGAGAGAACGUUCCAGAUCCGAGACCACAAGCUGCUGCUGCUCAAAGACAAGAAGAGCAUCAAACCAGAGAAGGAGUGGGUUCUGAAGUCCAUGAGGAUCUACAUCGGGAUCCGCCGGAAACUAAAGGCGCCAAGCAGGUGGGGCUUCACGGUGAUGUCGGACAAACACCAGCUGUUCCUGUGCUGCAGCUGUGAGGCCGAGCUGUGGGACUGGGUCACCAGCUUCCUCAGAGCUCAGAACGACGAUCCAGGUCCCCCGGUGCUGCGGCGCCAUUCCUCCUCAGACAUCUCCAAGCAGAAGUUCGGCACCAUGCCGCUGGUUCCGAUCAGAGGAGACGAGAGCAACAGCAGCAUGCUGUCGGCCAAUCAGACGCUGAGAAAAUUACACGACCGGAGGACGCUGUCCAUGUACUUUCCCAUGAAGGUCCAGCAGGACUCAUUCGAGGAGCGCUCCGAGUCUCCGGACCUCCCUGAGCCACUCUAUGAGGAGGUGGGGGACUUUGGCCUGCAGGUCCUGAAGUCCCUGGAGACCAGCUUCAGGUCCAGCAGCAUCGCAGAGACCCAGGAGGUCCCGGACCAGCCUCCUCUCAGGCUGGUCCUGUCAGACAGCGGACAUCUGGACCACAUGAUCAUCCCAGAGGAGGUGCGCUCAGCAGGAGGCUCCGUGGAAACGCUGGAGCAGAGCAGCAGCAGCAGCAGCGGAGGAGGAGGAGGAGCAGGAGGAGCAGACUGCAGUGCUCCCGCUCCGCCUGCAGGGGGCAGAGCGCAGCCACUGCCGGGGGUCUGCACGCCAUCGCAGGAGCUGCUCCUGCAGGAGCUGUCCUCCGCCUUCAUCAAGAAGAACAGUGAGGAUGAGGAGGAGGAGGAGGAGCAGCCGUACGACGUCUGAGGGACUAAUCUGAGGAGGACGAAGAACCUUGGACCAGGAAGGAGGCGGAGCCACGAGUUCUCAUCCGUGCUGGGUCACCUGGUUCAGCUAGGAUGGACCCACAGAACCUUCACGCACGCGGCCGCAAUGAUGUCAUCAUCAUGUGACAGGAAGUGGAACCUUUGGGACAAACAUCCUUUGACUGGUACCGGUUCCUUUUGGACUUGUUGGACCGGGUGGGUUCUGAUAAAACUGAGAUAAAAGCCCGGCGUGUUGUUGCAGGUGUUGUCCAGUGAGGGGCGCUACUCUGGACUAAGUUUAUGUGCUCAAUAAAACAUUCCUGUUUGGGCUCAGAACCAACAAGCACCAGUUCUGAUGGCCCAGAGUUUCAGACAGAACCAGUUCUGGGUCACAUGUUCAGAAGAACCGGGCCUGAAAGAAGUGAACAAUAAAGAUCUCAUCACAGUC